AUGACAGUAAGAAUUCUCAAUCAUAAUCCUCUCACUACUGUUGAAGACCCACAUCUUUUUAAAUUGCCAGCAUUAAAAUAUCUAGACAUGGGAGCAAGACAAGUGUCACUUACAAUAAUUGAGAACGCCCUCCUGAUGACUCUUGAAUUGGAAAAACUGAUCUUACCUAGCCAUAUGGCCUGCUGCCUCUGCCGGUUUAAAAAUAUUGAGGUUGUCUGCAAGACAGUCAAGCUGCAUUGUGACAGUACAUGUCUGACAAACCCCACACAUUGUCUUGAAGAGGCAUCUAUAAGAAAUCCUGAAGGAGCUUUCAUGAAAGUAUUAAAAUCUUGGAAGAACACAAGCACUGAGCUGACGAUUGAGCCAGAGAAGGCAUCCUCGGACAAAACUGGCAUGAACUGGUCAGAUAUGAAUGAGCAGCUAGACCUAAAUGAAAAAAGUGAAAUUAUACACACACUAAAUUACCUGUUAUCUUAUCUAUCAGAGGGAAACCUAGAAGACAUACAACCAACAUUAUUACCAUUCAUUAAACUUCUUUUUUCAAAUAAAAACAGCCUGGCAAAGCUUGAGAGUAUAGAGAAAAGGCUGCAGAGAGUGUGCAAAAUCCUCAAGAAGCAAAGAGGCAUAAAGAAAAGGCACUUCAAAAAAACUUUGGAAAUGGACUGCUCUGAGUCCCAUGUACAAACAGAGGCCUUCAGAACAGGCCUCCUGAUGAAGCUUCUCAGUGAGCAGCAGGAAGCAAAGGCGUCCAAGGCAGAAUGGGAUCCGGACCAGUGGAAAACUGAGAACGGCAUCAACGAGAGCCCAGAAGCCCAGGGUGAACAGAAAGACCAGGAGUCACAUGAG